GUAUCUUUGGCAAUAGUUACGGCCAGGAGGGCUGUGUGAACUGCUUAACCGGCAGAAGCUGGAGUCUCCGAUGACUUGGUGCCUUCAUCGCUCUGCACAGGGGAUGAUGAGACAGAAGACUGAAAAGUGAUCUCCCCCAAAGUCACCGUAUUAUUGGCAAAUCUGGACAAGAACACCGGCUUGUAACUUCGAAGACCAAGGAUUUUUAUAUUACUCUUGUAGGAAAGAGACCCAAAGAUCUUUACAAGCUAUCUUGCUGGGAAAUGCCCAAGGUCAAAAGAAGCCGGAAAGCACCUCCAGAUGGCUGGGAGUUGAUCGAGCCAACAUUGGAUGAACUAGAUCAGAAGAUGAGAGAAGCUGAAACUGAACCCCAUGAGGGAAAGAGGAAAGUGGAGUCUCUCUGGCCCAUCUUCAGGAUCCAUCACCAGAAAACCCGCUACAUCUUCGACCUCUUUUACAAGAGGAAAGCCAUAAGCAGAGAACUCUAUGAAUACUGCAUUAAAGAAGGCUAUGCAGACACAAACCUGAUUGCAAAGUGGAAGAAACAGGGCUACGAGAAUCUGUGCUGCCUGCGCUGCAUUCAGACUCGAGACACCAACUUUGGCACCAACUGCAUUUGCCGGGUUCCCAAAAGCAAGCUGGAAGUGGGUCGCAUCAUCGAGUGCACACACUGUGGCUGCCGCGGUUGCUCUGGCUGAUACUCUUGACUCCUCUGCAUCCUGGACUUUGAACCUUGGGCUCAUGCUUAUUGGGCUACUGCCUCCUGAAGCAACUCUUCUCAGGGUGGUGCUCAGAGAAAAGACCCAGGGGAAGCAUGAGCUCUAUAGGUGACAGCUAUAGUGUUCACCAGCUGAAAUCUGUAAAAAUAAAACCUUUAGA